AUGACCAAAGCCCUCUUGACCGUGCUUGUCGCAGGGCUCGCGCUCUUUGAUCCUGCGUCGGCCUUGCCUGGGAGAAGGCCAGAUAUUGCAGGCGUACGACUGUUCACGAAUUCUACCAGAAACACUACCAGCACGGCCCAUCGCAGCCCGAGCUCGAGUGUUGUCCUGCCCAGCAGUCAUGCCCGCUCUUCGAAGGCGUCUCCCAGUGCAGGCAGCUCGAUCAGCAGGGUUCUGACACCCUCUGCAGUUUCAUCUCCUGGAGCAUCGACCUCUGCAACUUCAUGGCCUUCUAGGGCAGCUGGUUCAUCGUACAUGAACCCAGCUGGUUCUACGACUGCAGCCAGUGCUCCGUCUGCAGUAUCACCCUCUGGAGCAUCACUCUCCGCAGCUUUUCCCUCUGCAGGUUCUCCCUCUGCAAUUUCAUCUCCUGGAGCAUCGGCCUCUGCAGUAUCACCCUCUGCAUCACUCUCUGGAGCUUCGCCCUCUGCAGCUUCAGGAACUUCUGCCAGAGCAACUGGUUCAUCGUACUCGAGCCCGGCUGGUUCUACGACUGCAGCCAGUGCCCCGUCUACAGCUCUGCCUUCUGCGGUGUCUCCCUCUGCAGGUUCAUCUCCUGGGACAUCGCUCUCUGCGGCUUCAACCUCUGCAGUAUCACCCACUGAAGCACCCUCUGGAGCUUCGCCCUCCCAAGUUUCGUCUCCUGGAACAUCGCCCUCUACAACUUCAGGGCCUUCAAGCGGGGCAGCUGCGUCAUCCACCUCGUCUAGCACGGCUGGUUCUACAACAACCACAUCUGGGGCACAUACAACAGAUACCGGAAGCUCGAAAGGCUCUACAACGGCACCUUCUACAACAGCACCUUCUACUACCACUUCGACCACUUCGACCACCGUCGCCUAUCUGACAGCUCCUUUUGUUGUCUCCGGCUCUAUCACCGUGCCUGCUCAGACCGCAAUCGAAUCGGGCACGUUCAGCACAACGACCUUGUCUGACCACACCGGCCCCCCAGACUCCUACUCCGCAACGACCGUCACCGGGUCGGACCACCACCCAACAAUUGUCCCGGUGUGGUUCGAUCAUCAUGGACAUCCUGUCGUUGUCUUUCCCGUGCAUAUCAGCGGCCCUCCAGGAAUCAUCCCGCCGCCGUCGGGAUUUCCAACGCUCGACAUCGGGCCUGAUGGCAAACCGACUCCAGAUCCGAAUCAGAAGCCGGAAGAAACCGCAAAACCGACGAAAGAGCCUGAGUCGACCACUGCCACUACUUCCUCAACAUCCACUUCGUCGUCGACGCCAACUCCAACUGCAUCUGCCACUCCAUACUUGAUUGUGCCCAAGGAUUCGGCCAGCAAAGCGGAAAGGGAGUCCUUCGACGCGAUCCUGACCGAGCAGGUCGGGAAAUCGAACAUCCAGAGCGCUACCGACUUCAGCGUCGGGAUUGCCUUCUGGAGAGCGCCUCUGAAUUCCACCCAGGUCAAACAAUUCUCCAGCAAUUCGAUCAUCGACUCGGUGGCUCCGGACGACUGGCUCUCGGUAGAUGACAUCGACGACCCAGAGGGGGACGAUUCGCUCUCAACGCGGUCUUUCGAGCCGGUUCUGGAUACUGGCAAAUCCUUCCAGUUCUGGAAACGCGCUUCUCCGAUCCAGCAGAAGAAUGCACCGCCCGAGUUGGCCGUCAUCUCGCAGCCGAAAAAUCAGCUGGUCCCCAGCAUCUCUAACGAAUACCAGUAUGAUCCGUCGGCGGGCAAGGGGAUCACCGUCUACGUCGUGGACUCGGGGGCCAGCACCCAGAAUCCCGAGUACAUCAACAUGCCGGGCAGCAAGCGAUGGCUCUUUCCGGGCUUUGGCAAGACGCCAGAUCACAACCAGGACGACAAGUUCAACCACGGGUCCUGUGUGCUGUCGAAAGUGGCCGGGCCCACGUUUGGCGUGGCCAAGAAUGUGGACGUGGUUGUGGUCAAGCUGCAGGCUGACACGACCAACGGGUUCAAGAUCCUCACGUCGACGUACAUGGACGCGAUGAUCGAGGUCAAGAACGACAUCCUGAACCGCAAACUGCAGGGAAAGGCCGUCAUCAACUGCUCCUUCGGCUUCUCCAUCCCCGCCAACGACCGCAAUGCGCAGAUCAUCAAGAAGCUGACGCAGGAGAUUGUACAGCUCGACGUGCCGUUCACCAUCGCAGCGGGCAACGACGCCAUGAGAGGCCGUCCCGACGUCGACCGCUAUCCGGCGCUGUGGGCGAACGACAUUGACGGGCUGAUUGUCGUCGGUGCCACCGACAACGACGGCAAUCUGGCCCCCUUUUCGCAAGGGGGGCCACUGGUCUCUGUCUGGGCGCCGGCGGACGGCAUCAGCUGUGCAGACAACGGCGCUGGCGUGGGUACGAACAGAAGAGGCACGUCCUUUGCGGCGCCGGCGGCGGCCGGGCUGGCAGCGUACUUCAUGGGCCUGCCAGGGAAUGGACUGGGGCAGCCAGGGUCGGGCAAGAUCGCAGCCAACGUGAAGAACCUGAUGGCAAGCCUGGCGUGGCCUCGAAAGAAGGGCGCGGCCGAGAAGGUCAUCUGGAAUAACCAGAAUGCGGGCUGCCAGCCAGGCGUUGUCCCUAAGCGUGAUGGUUCGGAUGCGUGUUCGUUGACGGCGAGCACUGACACCGCAACUGCAACUGGCUCUGCGAAGGCGACUGCUACCGGUUCUGCUGGCUCGAGUUCGACGGAGAGAGGCCCUACGAGCUCUACAGCAGCUCAGACACCUACAUCGAAGGCAGUUUCCACGAAGUCACCUUCUGCAACUCCUACACCAGAUCGUACAACCACAAGUCAUACGACUAGUCAUGCUACCAGCCACACACCAGAACAUACUACAAGUCAUACGACAAGUCCAACCACUAGUCAUACUACAAAUCAUACUAGUCCUGCAACAUCAAAAGCAGAUUCCACAACUACAACCACUCAUACUACUACGACAGAGGCAGAUUCAACCACCACGCAGAACCCCACGACAACAAACCCCCUCUUCUGCGCGCCUUCCAACUACCACGGCAUCCCAACAGGCGUCCCUCAAGCCGACACCCAAUCCCGCAUCGACAAGUUCUGCGGCGGGAUGAAGAAGGACGUCGCAAUCGGCGACGACAGCAUCUACCCCACCGAUUUCAGGUCCCUGUACUACCAGUAUUUCAUGCCGGGCCUGGAGGUGGUGCUGAACAUAUCCGUCGUGCAGGGUAAUUACUUCGUGAUCAACCAGACAGUCUGCCAGGAGGGGUUGAGCACGGUGCUGAACGGGUGUCCGCCGUUCAGUGCGCCGGCGGGCAAGGAGCUGAUCAAGUAUGGCGGCUCGUUGAGGGUGAGCAAUGGCACUGGGGGGGUUGCUGAUGUGCAGAUUAUCCUCCUGCCGGAUGAGAUGAUUUCAUGA